CCCAUGCCACCAUUAUAUAAACCUUAUCACUUUCCAUCCAAGUACUCAUCACUACACUUCUCUCUCCCUCUCAUUACAUCCUAUACUCUAGGCACUAUGAAGUCAAGAUUUUUGAAAGGAUGUGUUAACAAAUGCAAGAAAAUGGGAAGUAUAGUAAAAACUUGUGCUACUUGUGAAGAUUGUUGUGAAAGAGGUUUAUGGUCUUCUCUGCAUGAAAGUUGCUCCAUACCAAGUGAUGUACCAAAAGGUCACAUGGUUGUAUAUGUAGGAGAGAAUCACAAAAGAUAUGUGAUCAAAAUUGCAUUGCUUCAUCAUCCACUCUUCAAAGCCUUGUUGGAUCAAGCUCAAGAAGAGUAUGAUUUCAUGGCUGAUUCAAAACUAUGUAUUCCUUGUCAUGAACAUCUUUUCCUAAGUGUCCUACGAUGUGCUAGUUCCCCACAGAAUCAAAGGAUGUGUUUGUGUCUCUAACAAAUUACUUUGUUGAUGAGACAUUAAUCAGUAUUUUUUGUGAUGUUGAAAUUAUUGAACUUUUAUAGCUAACUGUGUCGAUGAGUGAUGAUAAUAUAUAUAUGUAAUGUAGCCGUAAUAUUAAUUAAAAUAUGUUGUAAGUAGAUUGAUUGAGAUGUAAGGGAUGUAAUCCAUCAUCAAUUCAA